AUGGUUCCGCCGGCGGGGCGGAGAAGAAGGGACCGGCUGAGCGGGCUCUCGGACGACCUGAUAGGCCACGUGCUCUCCUUCCUCCCGACCAAGGAAGCCGGCCGCGCCGCGGGUCUCUCCCGCCGAUGGCGCACCGUCUUCUGCAACGUCCACACGGUCUCCUUCUCGGAGCGGCCAGGCGAGAGGGCCGACGACUGGGACACCUUCUACUUCGAGGCCGAGGAGCGCAAGAGCUGCAGCGCGGCGCUCCUGGACGACGUCUGCGCCGCGCUCCUCUGCCGCCGCCGCUGCGCCGGCCACGGCGUGCCGCUGCGCCGCCUCCGGUUCGCCUUCGACAGCUGCCACGGCUGGGACUUUGCCCACGUCGACACGUGGCUCGCCCACGCGCUCCGCCACAGCGGCAGCGCGCCGGAGCUCCACCUCGAGCUCUGCUUCUCCCUCUGCCCCUCCUGCAAGCGCCGCAGGGGCGGGCGCACCGGCAACAGAGGCUACGCGCUCCCGAGGAAGCUCUUCUCCUGCCUCGCGCUGCGCACGCUCUCCGUCGCCCACUGCGAGCUCAACCUCCCUGCAGCCGGCGCCAUUGAUCUGCCGUUCCUCGAGACGCUCAGCCUGACGGGCUCCUGCGGCAACUCGGGUUUACUCAUCUCUCGCUGCCCGCGGCUCGUGGAUCUCACGCUGGAAGGCGACGAUGGGCUCCAGAAGGUCUCUGUCCUCGACAGGCGGCUCCGCCGGCUCGCGCUCCGGUGCUGCCACAACGUCAAAUCCGUCGAGAUCGACGCGUCGGAACUCACAUCCUUCGACUACAGCGGGGAGCUGCCCAUGGAGUCGUUGCUCUCGCUGCACGGGUUACAGCACGCGCUCUCCUAUUGCACGCUAGACUUCUGCAAGGCGCGGCCCAUGGCGUCCGAGUUCGACCGGUUCCGGAGGCUCCUGGAGAAGCUCUCCGACACGAAGCACCUGCACCUGCACCAUGGGAACCUCGAGAGUAGGUUCUUCAUGAGGCUCCCUUCGUUCCCCAACCUGACAAGGCUCGUGCUGCAAGGCCCGCUCCGGGACCGUGCCGCCGUGGGCGCCGUCGGCAGGGUGCUGGAGCUGACGCCAUGCCUGGAGGUCCUGUCGCUGUUCAUGGAGGUCGCGCAGGACGAGCGGAGACGUCACGGGGACGAGGCGCAGAGGACGAUGGCCAGGCUGUUGUUCGGCAACGCGCUUGUUCUUGAGAGGAUGUGCGUCGUGCUCGUCAAGGGGACCUUCGAGGCUCAGGCUAAGAUGAAGGAGGAGAUCGAGAGCUGGGUGGUCGCCGUCGACGCAGAACAGAUUUUCCUCUGA